AAAAAAAGCAAUAAAUCAUCAGCAAAAAAUAGAUGAGAAAUUUUCAGCCUUGAACAUGAGAUAUUUUAUUUUUAGGGUUAAAAAUGUAAAAAAAUAAUACAUGAAUUUUUUAAAUAAUUUAAGAGGAAGUUUGGUCUCACAUGAGUUGCACGUGCCACUUCAGAUGUAACGGUGUUAAACUUUGGGCGCUUUCUACAAAAGUUAUUGGGGGUCUAAUACAAUUUUGAAAGUUAUUGGUGGUUCACUCAAAAUGCUAAAAGUUCCGGGGCCUAAUUAUAUAAGUAAACAUGGUAUAUCUAGUAUAACUCAGAAGAGCAAGAACGAAAUAUCACCAAUAAUUAAAAUAGAAGAAGAAAUAUGAAAUUAAAGAAAAUACCACCUAAUUCAAUAUGUCAUCUGCGUACCUUGAGAAACUAGCUAGUAAUCCUUAUUCACUGAACAAUUAGCUUUAACGUAUUCUGGGUCAAUGCAGAACAAAGAAUUCAAGCAUUACUUCACUGAUUCAAGAAUCUUUUUCUUUCCAUUCAUCAGAAAUUACCCAGUAGACAGAUCACUGAAUUGUUUCCACCAAGACGACCUUGUGAAUUCUCUUUAUUUUUGGAGUGCAGAUAUUUUUGACCACUUUAAGGACGUCAACGGUAGCUUCAAGGCAAGCCUUUCACAUGAUGCAAAAGGAUUGUUGAGUUUAUAUCAAGCUUCUUAUCUGUCUUUUAAAGAGGAGAUCACAAUGGACGCAGCAAGAGCUUUUGCAGUCACUCAUCUAAAGACGCUGGAUGCAUCCAAAUUGAGAUUUGCAAAGGAAAUUGCAGAUGUAAUGGAGCUCCCAUCACACUGGAGACCGACAAGGCUAGAAGCUAGAAGGUACAUAGAUACUUACGAGAAGGAAGAAGACACAAAUUCUGCGUUGCUUUUGUUUGCUAAGCUAGAUUUCAACAUGGUUCAAAAUGUACAUCAAAGGGAACUUGCAAAGGUUACAAGUUGGUGGAUGGGUCUCUCUCUUGGAAAGACGUUGGAGUUUGCUAGAGAUCGAACACUAGAGUGCUUCUUUGUAGUGAUUAUAAUAGUAUUUCAGCCUCACUUUGGAUAUUCCCGCGAGGGGCUUACAAAAGUUAUAACUCUUAUGGUACUUUUGGAUGAUGUUUAUGAUGUCUACGGAUCCUUGGAUGAGCUCGAACUCUUUACACGUGCUGUUGAAAGAUGGGAAGUCGAGGAGUUGGAAAAUCUUCCAGAAUGUAUGAAGAUAUGUUUCACAAAUAUUAGCAAUCUUGUGGGUGAAAUGACUGUCGAUUUUCAAAAAAGUAAUGGAUUGACUAUUCUACCUUAUCUGAGAAAAGCGUGGACAGAUAUAUGCAAAGCAUUCUUGGUGGAGGCAAAAUGGCAAAAUGAUAAUUAUGUGCCAACAUUUGAAGAGUACAUCAACAAUGGUUGGAUGUCAGUUUCCGGGCCUCUCAUAUUGUUACAUACUUUCCCCCUCAUGGGACAAGAAAUAACAGUGAAAGCAUUAGAACACUUGGAGAAUUAUCCUAAAAUCAUUCGUUUAGCAUCAAAAAUUUUCCGACUUUAUAAUGAUUUAGCAACUUCAACGGCAGAGCUAGAGAGAGGCGAUUCAGUAUCAUCUAUACAAUGUUACAUGAGAGAAAGUGGUGAUUCAGAAGUUGAAGCUCGCAAACAUAUAUCGAGUCUCAUUUUCGAGACAUGGAAAGAGUUGAAUGAAGAAGCUAUACUAUGUUCUUCCUUGCCUCGAUUUUUUAUAGAAGCGUGUGUAAAUCUAGGACGAAUGGCAAUUUGCCUAUAUCAACAUGGAGAUGGUUUUGGCAUUCCAACUCAUGACACCAAGGCCCACAUAACAUCAUUGCUCAUGAAGCCCAUUAGCUUACAGAGCAAGGAAUUACAGACUCCCAUCAAUAAUGUGGUUGCUAAAUAGGACCGCAUGCAUGGUUACCCUUAUAAUAAAUGUUGUAUGGACAUAUUUGUAAGAUGUUAUUUUCAUGCAUGGUUACCCCUAUAAUAAAUGCCGUAUGGACAUAUUUAUAAGAUGUUAUUUUCACGCAUGGUCACCCUUAUAAUAAAUGUUGUGUGGACAUAUUUGUAAGAUAUUAUUUUCAGAUAUGAAAAUAGCCAGGAUGCGGGCAUUGUGUAA